AUGAAAUUUAGUACUCUUUGCCAAGGCUUUUUGGCCUUGAGUUUUUGCUCCGGACAGAACCCUCUUGGUAUAGAUCAAAGUGAUGAUUUGGAACAAGUUUGGGGCCAGGAUUGGCCUUUUUCUGGCAUCCAAACCUAUGCACAUUUGCCUCACGGGAAAUGUCUUCUCAACAAGAAUUUGGAUUUUGACAUAGGCAUCAUUGGAAUGCCCUUCGAUACUGCAGUCACAUUCCGUCCCGGGGCUCGAUUUGGUCCACAGGCGAUCCGAAAGGCCUCGCAAAGGCAGACAUCGUUACGAGGCUUCAAUUUCAGGGCUGGUAUAAAUCCUUACCAAAACUGGGCCAAGAUUCUGGACUGUGGCGAUGUGCCAGUAACUCCGAUGGACAACAAACUGGCUCUGCAAAUGAUGGAUUCAGCGUUUGAAAACCUGUUGUCCCGAGACAGUACUCUGCAGGGAUCAGUGCUGCCUCCACGGUAUGUUACUCUUGGUGGUGACCACAGUAUUAUCCUGCCGGUUUUGAGACAACUUUACAAGGUUUACGGGCCUAUCUCGGUGAUUCAUUUCGAUUCGCAUCUUGACACCUGGGCACCCAGCAAGUACCCUUCGUACUGGCACAGUGACGAGUCUGCCUUCACACACGGCUCUAUGCUUUGGUUGGCCAAACAGGAAGGUUUGCUCUCGGAGGACUCUAAUGUUCACGCUGGACUGAGAACUCGCCUAAGUGGAACUAGCUGGGAUGACUAUGAAGAAGACGACCAAGCAGGGUUUCACCGCAUCGAAUGCGACGAAAUCCUGGCCAUCGGGGUAGACGGCAUGGUCGACAAAAUUCGUGCUAUAGUGCCAAAGGACAGACCUGUGUACAUCAGCGUGGACAUUGACGUUUUGGAUCCCAGUGCGGCACCUGGAACCGGUACCGUUGAAGUCGGCGGGCUAUUGACCCGCGAACUGCUUCACAUGAUUCGCAAGCUCGAUGACUUGCCAUUGGUGGGUGCUGAUAUAGUUGAGGUUUCUCCUGCUUACGACCAUGCCGAAAUCACCUCUCUCGCUGCGUCACAGAUUGCAUAUGAACUCAUCACAAACAUGGUCAAGAACGGGCCCCUCGAUCCCAACAUGGUGAAUGCAAAUCUGCGCCCUGUUCAAAAAGACGAGAACUCUCGUUUUCGAAGCCAGAUCGAAUUUUGA